CAGCCAGUAGUAUCGAGUAUACUACUCACGCCAUCUUGCACUCCUCCGACACCGAGGCAGCUCCAAGCCAUGGCCAUGGAGAAGGCUGCCUCCUCCCUCUUAGGCGGAGGCGGCGGGGAGCCGGCAGCGACUGUGAAAUCUAUCUUCAUAUACCCUAUCAAGUCCUGCAGGGGUCUCGCCGUGUCACAGGCGCUCAUCAUCUCUACCGGUGCCGUACUGUGAUCCACCGUCCAUCUUCCGUCCUUGGCGGUUCCGGUGGGAUCGGCAGUGGGUGGUGGUGAACGGCAAAGGGCGAGCAUACACCCAGAGGGUGGAACCCAAGCUCGCUCUGGUCCAGGUAGAGUUGCCGCCGGAGGCCUUCGCCGAGGACUGGCAGCCCACGCCCUACGACCACCUGGUUAUCAGAGCACCCGGAAUGGACACGCUGAAGAUACCUCUAGCAGCGGAACACACCACAAUCGAUGAUGUCUCUGUGUGGGAGUGGUCUGGCUCUGCGUACGAUGAAGGGGCUGAAGUGUCUGAGUGGUUCUCCACUUACUUUGGGAAGCCAAGUCGACUAGUGCGCUUCAAAGAAGCAUCCGAAACUAGGCCAACUGAUCCAUAUUACGGCCAAGGCCAAGGUUACAAGAUCAUGUUCACCGAUCGCUUCCCAUUUCUGAUAGCCUCUCAGGGUUCAUUGGACGCACUAAAUGAGAUUCUUAAAGAACCUGUACCAAUGAACCGCUUCAGACCAAAGUGCCAAGCAUUAAUCAAGAGGAUGGAAUACCUGGCACUGAACCAAAUGAAACUCUACAGACAUUUCGGUCCGACCAAGUGCUUCGUCCAAGCCACAAAAAUAAACGACAGGUGUACUUUGGGGUGAAUUUAGUCUGCAAGGAAUCUCUAUCAGGAAAGGACGAAGGAAAGAUCAUCAAGGUUGGCGAUCCAGUUUAUGUUGUGCAGGCAUUCGAUUCUUCUAAUGAAGCCCUAGUCUGAUUCAGGGUUAAAAAUAGUGACAGUGUGUUCAAAAAUCAAAAUAAGUGAGUUUGUUAUGCGCACUGGAGAAACAAAAAUCAGCGGGCUGUUAAAACUGUUAAUGAGACAAUAAAACUCCUGCUGCUGGACAGUAAUUAUGAGUUAGAUGUACCUUCAUCAGGGGUUUAUUUACCUCUAUGAUAUUACAUAGUAUACCUUGUACAUCAGAAUGAUACAAAACAAUAAGUCCCAAAAAGGAAGGUGAGUUAGACGACUUUGUCUAGAUAGGAUGGAAUGGAUGGCUGAUGGAGUCUCUUGUGCCCUAUACAAAAUCAGUGACCCACUGCAAGUUCCUUCAGUUACAUCAGAAAUUCAGAAUAGCAUGUGUACCUCUAGUUUCAAGGAUCUUCCAAAGCCAUUCAGGGACUAUAUCAAAACCAUAUCAGUAACUUAGUGGUUAUUAGUCAAGGCUUAAAAGCUCAAAGACUCGUAGUAUUACAUUUUUUUUAUAUAACAACAAUUGAUUGCUAGAAUUUAAAGAUAUCACUUGGUGUGCAAUGCAAUCGAGGGUGGAUCAUGCUAAGGCAUGUUCUAAACCUCUAAACUUAAUAGUUAGCGGCUAAAAUUAGUUGAGAGAUUUUAAACGCACUAAUUAUUAGUUAUAUCUUUUAAAUAGCUAUUAGUUGUUAGCCGCUUCAAUCUAAUUAAAACUAGUUAAUUUAUAAUUUAUUUGACUUUUUUACCUAAGUUUACUAGCUCAUCUUAUUCAAAAGAUUUCAUAAUUGUUAUUAAUUUUUACUAGGUUAUCUUUUAAGAUAUAAUAUAAUAUACUUUAAAUGUGGCUUUGAAUUUUUUUUGUUUUUCCCGUAAAAAUGAGUAAGACAAGCGUGAUAAAAAAAGUUAAAUAAAUUAUAAAUCAGAAUUCAUGAAUCAUUAGCUAACUAAUAUUUAGCUUUAGAGGUUUAACGGAGGACUUCAUACAAUCAUACGUCGUCGUUGUAGAAAAAUGCUACACGUUUUACGUUUUUAUCGUGUAGCCGAGCAAAACAAAUACUAAAUGCCGCCACCGCCCACCGCCGUAUCAUCCUGCUGGCGCGGCACAAGACGCCACCGAGCCAAGAAUUUGCAUCCUCAUCCUGCGGCUGUCAGUGUCAAGCAGCCAGGCUCAGGGGUAAGGUUUCAGCAAUUCAGCUCCCUCGCCUCCGCCGCGGCACCGGCACUACGAGUGCUUCGCUACCAGCCAGCCAGCACACUCUACGAGUCGCCAUCUUCCACUCCACCGAGGCAGCUCCAAGCCAUGGCCAUGGAGAAGGCCGCCUCCUUCCUCUCCUCCCUCUUAGGCGGCGGCGGCGGGGAGCCGGCGGCGACUGUGAAAUCUAUCUUCAUAUACCCUAUCAAGUCCUGCAGGGGUCUUGCCGUGUCACAGGCGCCCAUCACCUCCACUGGGUUCCGGUGGGAUCGGCAGUGGGUGGUGGUGAACGCCAAAGGGCGAGCAUACACCCAGAGGGUGGAGCCCAAGCUUGCUCUGGUCCAGGUGGAGUUGCCGCCGGAGGCCUUCGCUGAGAACUGGCAGCCCACGCCCGACGACCACCUGGUUAUCAGAGCACCCGGAAUGGACACACUGAAGAUACCUCUAAUAACGGAACACACCACAAUCGAUGAUGUCUCUGUCUGGGAGUGGUCUGGCUCUGCGUAUGAUGAAGGGGCUGAAGCGUCUGAAUGGUUCUCCACUUACUUUGGGAAGCCAAGUCGACUAGUGCGCUUCAAAGAAGCAUCGGAAACUAGGCCAACCGAUCCAGAUUAUGCCCAAGGUUAUAAGAUCAUGUUCACCGAUUGCUUCCCAUUUCUGAUAGCUUCUCAGGGUUCACUGGAUGCACUAAAUGAGAUUCUUAAAGAACCUGUACCAAUGAACCGCUUCAGACCAAAUAUUUUAGUGGAUGGAUGCCACCCAUACUCAGAGGACCUGUGGAAAACCAUAAAGAUAAACAACCUAACAUUCCUAGGUGUGAAGUUAUGCAACCGCUGCAAGGUGCCAACCAUUAAUCAAGAGGAUGGAGUACCUGGUACUGAACCAACUGAAACUCUACAGACUUUUCGGUCCGACCAAGUGCUUCGUCCAAGCCACAAAAAUAAACGACAGGUGUACUUUGGGCAGAAUUUAGUCUGCAAGGAAUCUCUAUCAGGUGAAGGAAAGGUCAUCAAGGUUGGCGAUCCAGUUUAUGUUGUGCAGGCAUUCGCUUCUUCUAAUGAAGCCCCAGCCUGAUUCAGGGUUAAAAGUAGUGACAGGGUGUUCAAAAUAAGUGAGUUUGUCUUGCACACUGGAUAAACAAAAAACAGUGGGCUGUUGAAACUGUUAAUGAGACAAUAAAACACUUGCCGCUGGACAGUAAUUAUGAAUUAGCUGUACCUUCAUCAGGGGCUUAUUUACUUCUAUGAUAUUACAUACCUUGUACAUCAGAAUAAUACAAAACAAUAAGAAGUGCCAAAAAAGGAGGUGAGUUAGAA